CAUCCUGACGCUACAAAACUUGCAUCUCGGGAUUUGCGUGCUCGUUCAAAAAUCAAUAAGGCUCUUGACUUCGCAAAGUACUGGCACUGUUGCUGAUUAUUAAGAAGAAUGCCGUUUCUUUCAAUUGCUUGUGCUACAGCAUGUAGCCAAAUGCUUGGCUGUGCGUGGUAUUCUCCAUAUAUGUUUGGUAAUGUUUGGUUGAAAGCCACUGGUAAAGAUUGCAAGGGUAUAAGCAGCAAUUGCACACCAUUUAUUGUUGGAUUGACAUCAGAUCUUGGGCUGGCUUGUGCAUUGGAUCACGCAUUACCGAGAAUUGAUCUCGGUAGUAACUGGCGUACUGUUGCCAUGGUAGCUGGUGGAUUUAGCUUCAUCCACAGCAUGAUAGAAGCACCACAUUAUGCAUAUGAAGAACGAAGCACAUCUGUAUUUGGUUUAUCCAUUACUUUCAACACUGUGCGUUUAGCAGUGAUGACUUUUGUUAUGUUAACAUUAGACAGAAGUGAUUAAAGACAAAAAUAGAUAUCUGCAGUUACAUUUUCUCAAAGUGAAAGAAAAAAAUGUAAUGAUAUAAAGUCAAAAUUCAUUAGUUAGGUUUAUUUUUUUUUUAAAACGUUUCCUUGCUUUCUUAGAUACAUCAUGUUUGUUUUAAACACAUUUUAAAAAUUGUUCUAAAACUUUUUCUGUUACUUCUAGAUUUGUUGCUCCUUGUUAUUGCUAAACCCACACAGAAAUAUGGCAAGAGGUAUUAGAAAAUUAGAUUAGGUAAAACACUUUAUGUAACCAUGGAAAUAAUAUAUGAAGUUAAUAAACACAUUAUUUUGUUCUAAA